AGUAACAUGUCUGUUGAAACUAAAAAAAUCUGAAGCGCGAGCGAUCAUAAGAUUUAUCUGUAGAGCGAUCUUCGUUCUGAGUAUAUCCUGUGAGCCGAGCACCUAUCUUUCAUUGCACGUACGCGGUGCGCGCGGGAGGGGGGUCGCCGCGCGGCAUACGAGGAGCCAUCUUGCCAGCGGUCGUCGAAACGCUCGCGUCUCCAUCCACAAAUCGCCAUUAAUUCGUACUAAUUAACAAUAAAAACCAUCUGAAAUACAAUAAACAAGUGUUAAAGUACUCGAAUACAGUGCCGGAACGUUGUGAUAAAGGAACAUUGUUGAUGUAUCUAUUCUGUGUUGUUUGUUUUAAUGUGUGUGUGCAUUCUGACUGUCUAGGUGAGUAGUCACUAGUCUUUGUGCGCGACAAUUAUCAUUCUGAUCGAUUCGGUGAGCGCGGGGGUGUGCAGCCGGCCCGUUUUAUAUCUUUUGUUGUUUUGUAACGCCACCAAAUCAAUAAUUUUAGUGUUGAACUCUCGCCGCUGGCUACACGCGUUCUCGAAUACCAAACCAAAAACCUUUUGGUUCGUUUUAAAUGUCCGUUACCACUUGUGUCUGAAGUGUAUUAAUUGAAUAGGACGUUCUGAAUUAUGUGUGUUGCUCAACAUAGCCGUACAUGAGUUUUGGUUUUUAUCGUGAAAAGAUUAGAAUUGCAAAUACGGACCGUGCGAAAGUUGAAUAUUGAUAUCGAACUACAGAUCAGCGCCAGUUAUGUUGAGUGUGCAGUGUUAGUGUAGUGACAUGUCAUUGUGUUGUUCAUGUGUAGUGGAGAGGAGAGGAAUCCCCCUUCCCCUGGACUCUGAAUGGUAGCUACAGCUCGAGGCCUGGUAUGGACAAGGAGGGCGGCGAGGGUGCCGAGCCGGGGAAGGGGCCCGAUGGUCUGCUUGACGCCGCUGGUCUCUUUGGUGCGUACUGGGGCAGGGAUGGGAGUGCCGGCGGGGCGGCGGCGCAGGCCCAGGCUCAAGCGCAGGCCGCGCUCUUCGGCUUCGGAUCCCGGUACCCGCCGCCGACGACGCUCGGGGUCGCCGCCAACCAGGCAGCCUCGCUCGGCCUGCAUCCGGCCGCAAGCGCAGCAUGGUGGUCGAUGGCUUCACACCUAGCCGCUCAGGACUAUCUCGCUCGUCUCCAAGCCUCAGGCCUGAACUUCCCACCGCUGGGCGAUCCGUAUGCCGCACUAUCAGCUUUAUCUGGAAGCGGAAUGAAGCAGAACAAGCCAGUCAAGCCGCCUGGAAGAUCUGAGAGAUCGGGCCGGAGCAGUACAUCAUCAAGCGCUUCCGCCAAGGAGAAGAGUCCGUCAACGAAUAACUCCUCGCAACCGAAUAUGGCGGACUGGAGUUCCAAUUACGGGUUCCCGAAGACCUCGUCUCCCUCAACAAUGCAUUCCCAGUCGUUGUCGAGUCUGGCCUCGCUCAACAGUCUAGUGUCAGCGCCCCAUCAGCACAAGCCGGCCAAAACUAACCCGUCCUCUUCGCAGUCCAGGAAGUCGUCGUCGUCAGGUCCGUCGAAGAAUAAGGAGCGCGAGCUUGCUCUGCUGCGUGGGGACCUCAUGCUGGCGCAAGCCGCCGCGCACGGCGCCUACCACGCCGCCGUCGCCGCCGCUAAGGGCAAGAAUAUGUCUCCCUUAUACCCCUUCGGAAUGGGUUCAGAAAAGGACCGACACGCCGGAUUUGACUCCCUCACAGGACUUCCACACACAAUAUUAAGUGCGGCUCUGGAAGGCGGUGAUCCGGCGUCAGUACUGGGGGGAGUGAGGCUACCCCCGGAUACGGAAAUCAUCAAGUACACCUCAUCCCUGGCGGGUCCCAAGGCGCCCCCCGGUUCCACGAAUAGAGGCAGGAAAAAGACCAUAUCCUUGGACCCUCCACAAGUGUCCGUGCAUCCGUCGUCAGGGGACAGAAGCGCGCCGCUACCGAGUAAGAGGCCUAAGGUGGACGAGUACGGCGCGUCUCGCUCCUCGGUGGAAGUGAUCCGACUACCCCACGGCAAGCAGGAGAGAGCGCACAAUUCAACUCCGCCGCAUAACUUCUCCGAUUACGCAGGUAUAUCUCGGGAGCUGCUACAGACCAUAGCUAGUCAGAGCGGCGUCAGCUUAGCGGCUUUGGAGAGGCAGCUGGCUGGUGCUACGCCCUCAGGAGAGUCAGGAGUCGGCAUGAGCAAGUCCAUCGGUGGCGAGCACAGCCCUCUGGACCUGGGUUCCAAGUCCGCUGACGACGACAAGCCCCUGAACCUAUCGCUCAAGCCCACUCCCUCAUGUACUCAAGCCUCAGAUGCGCUGUCCCGACUGACGUCACUCAGCAGCUCGCUCAGCGCUUCCAACGACAGAUCCUCCCGACGCAAGCCCGGCGCCAAGCCGCGCAGGGUGGCGCCCGACUUCGCGCAGGCAGACUCGCCGCGACCCAAGUCCAGCGGCAGCGAGGACAGCGAAUCGGUGUCGGGCUGGCCAUCCCGGGAAGGAAGGCCGCGGAACCUGGGCCGCGGGGUCAGCAAGCCCAAGAAGAACACGGUCGCCUCCCUGCUCGCACAGAGCCGCGCCCUCGGCCUGCGCCCCGCGCUGGCGCAGCAACUCCUCGGGGAAACCGACCUGGAGAAGCUGAAGGCGUUGCUGGGCGAGACGGCCAGCACGGACUCGGAGUGCCCGUCGGACAGCGGGCCCUCCGACUCGGACGCCAGCGACUCCAGCCGCCGCCCCAAGGAGUCCCAGCUCCGCCUGCCACUGGCUCUAGGCUGGAAGCGAGUGACCGUGAUCCGAGGGUUGUCCCGGAACUGCAGCAUCAAGGGAGACGUGAGCUACUCGCCGCCAGAGCCCCACGCCGCCCUCAAACUCAAGUCCAUGCAGGAGUUGCAAUCGUUUCUAGACUCGAAUCCGUGUCCGCCGUUGUCCCUGGACAACUUCAGCUUUAGUUCGCGCGCGAUCCUCGGCGAGUACGUGCAGCCCUGCGCCGACGUCGCCGACCCGCUGGUCUUCAACGAGACCGAGAUCACCAAGAGGCUGGAGGAGGCGCGUGCGCUGAGCUCGCUGGGCAGCCGGCCCACGCCGCCGCCGCUGGACCGCCGCAUGGAGCUGGCGCGCCUGCAGCAGGCCGCCCGGGACGCGCGCCGGGACCACUCCGUCCGCUCCAAGGACCAGGCGCGUCUAGUCAGAGAGCUGGAGAAGUCUGAGAAGGCUGAGCUGGCGAAGCGGGAGAAGGAGGCCAGGAGUCAGCAGCUGUUGGAGCACAUCAACAAGAACCGAACCCAACUGACGAUCGAGCCGGUGCCGUCGGUAUCGAAGGAAUGGAAAGUUCCAGAUGUGUCGAUGGGCCCCGCUAAGGCCCACAGAGAACGAGCCAUGCCCCCGAUAAGCUUGUCACUGAUACCGGUCUGCUGCCCCAACGAAUCCCCAAUAAAGAACAUUCUCGAUUGGAAAGUCGAGCAAGAGGAAUACAACGCUCUAGAUAAAAUGAAGGAUUUCGCUGAAAAAGCAGCCUUCGAUCUGCCGAAACGUAAAGACUAUGAUUAUCUCAAAGCGGGCGAUAAAAAAAAACCUCCCGACAAAGAGAACAAUCUAGAUAAGCUAAUCGAGUCGUAUUCUAGAAUAACUGAGUUCAUAAACGGCUGCGAUUGGUCGAAACUGCAAACGGACAAAAAGACUGAAAACGCUGUGGCGUUAGAGAAAAAAUACUUGGACGCUAAAAACGAAUUCAUGUCGCAAAACCUUAGCUUGAUGCCGAAGGAGACCAAGAAAUCGGUUCUCAAGGACGUGAUCGAUUUGAGCGAAGACGAUGACGUCACGGAUGUGGUUUCCAAAAAAAUAUUAAACCAAGGAACGUUUUGCGUCGGAAAAGACGGGGCUCUAUCGAUUUCCAUACAUCCAUACAAAGAUUACGGAUCGGCUAAAAAGAGGAAACAGGAGGAGAUAGAGAAGCAGAGGAUGGAGGAGCAAGCUAAAAAACAACAGGAAAGAGAGAUAAAAAGGCAACAAGCACUACUACUAAAAGAACAGCAAAAAUAUAUAACAGAGGAAAGAGAAAGGAGACGCCAACACACAACUUUCAUCCGGCAGCUAGACGCCAGGAGGAGAUGGGAGGAGAGGGAGAGAAAAAAGCACCAGAACCUGCUGGACAGGUUGCUGGUCAAAGAGAAGAAGCUGCAGCAGAGACGAAAAGAGAUGGAACUGCUUUCGGAAUUGAGGCGACCUCAAGAAGACUCGACUCUCUCAGACCAGAAGCCACUGCCGACCCUAAACAGAAUCCCGGGUCUGAAGUUAGCGGGGCAGGCCAUGGCAGACAUACUGCAAGUUUACGAGUUCAUACACAACUUUGGACAAACUUUAGGAUUCGAUCUGGACUGUAUGCCGACUCUGAGCACGUUACAAGCGGCACUCCUCCCGAACUGUAACGCUGAUGCUGAAGAGGAACUGAUUCAAGUGUUAACGCAGCUUCUCAUAACCGCUAUCGAGGACCCGGGCAUACCCCACCCGGGACGGCACACCACGCUGCUCGGUCACGCCAUCCGGAUGGGCGACAUAACUCCUCACAACCUGAGCGAAGUGCUCCGGAUAUAUUUGUAUGCCAACGCUACCGGAGAGGUCAAGGCGUUGACAGGUCUGACGGCCGAGCGUGAGCGAGAGCGUCGCGUGGCGGACCACCACCAGACCGACGCAGAGAUGGUGCACACCAGCGCCACCACGCGCAACGCCGCCUACUACGAGCAUCUGCACAACAACGGGACCUACAAACUAUCCGAGGCCCUGCGAGACAAGCCCUUCGUUGCCCUCAACGCCACGGUGAAGGCGAAGAUCCUUGCCUUCCUCUGCAACGAGCUGCUUCAGAACAAGGCCGUGCUGCGGCAGAUCGACGGCUCCCUGGAACAUCUCACGCAGCUGAAGAAGGAACGGUACCUCAUGGAUAUGAAGAUCAGGAAAGUCCGCGUGCUGCACCAGCGGAAGCUGCGCGCCGAGCAGUCGGAGAAGCAGCAAGCUCUCGCGCUGGAGCGGAUGCAGCGGCUCGUGGAGGAAAGCUCCGGCAACACGAGAGCUUCCCCGCACUCACACGACGAAGACCAACAGAUGCACGAGAAACCAGAAACUCCGAAGAAGCAACCGAAGGAGCAUGCGUUGACUCCCGAAGCCGACGACAAGACCGACUCGCCUUCACCUUACAAAGAACCCCAGCACGUUGAAGAAAGCGACAAGGAAUUGUCGCCUUUAAAGGACUUGUCCAACGGCGUGAAGAGCAAGGAGCUGCUGAACAACAACAAGGAGGAGUGCGGGGGCGGCGACGCGUCCAAGCUGGACAAGGACAGCGUGCUGGGCGACGACGUGCUCAGCGACCCGGAGAGCGACGGCGCGCAGCACGACGAGGACGAAGACAAGAAUUUAUCAGCUGAAGAACUUUCGAGAAAGCUCGAGAAGCUUCUGAGGCAGUCGGAACAACAGCUGCAGCAGCUUCAGGCCGGCUCGCACGCACUCCGCGCCACUUGCUACGGACAGGACCGGUACUGGCGUCGCUACUGGUCCCUGGGUAAAGCCGGCGGCAUCUUCGUUGAAGGGAUGGAGUCUGCGCAGCCUGAGAUCUUAAUGUACCAUGAGACCCUCGAAAACAACCUCGCCAGAGAUAAGGAUGAGAUGUCUAUUGCGAAAAAGAAAGAGGUGAAAGAGAAGAUUGAGUCGCCGCCGGAGGAGGGAGACAUCAGACCAGACGACACCGAGACUCAAGCGGAAGCUCUCAAAUCGCAAUUGGAACUGAAAAACAUCAAGUCCGAACUCAACCUCAGCGACCACACCCAGAUCAUCAAGUACGAGCCGAACGUCAAACAUGGCGCCUGUAAGGUUGAGGGCUCGUCAAUAAAAAUGGAGGAGAAGUUCAUUCAGCACAAACAGAACAGCGAGGGUCAAGACAUGCUGGACAUUGAGGACUCCAUACCGACCGCCUUCCUGGUUCAGAAGCCGACCCACAAGCCGCUGUACGCCGCCCAGGCCGAGCCCGCCGACCGGCCCCAGGAGAUCGUCAAGGUGGAGAACGUCAAGGUCGAAACUCCAGAACAAGACACGAAGGACCAGCUGGUCAACAACCUGGAGGAGCUUCGCAAGAUGGCCGAAGCCGUAUCUUCGCAGCUCGACGCGGCUAAAAAAGCCGAGGAGAUCAAACAGGAGAGUCUUAAGUCGGAGACCAGCGAACCUGACAGCGCUCAAGCGUACCUCCACUCGAAGAUCUUAGAAGGAAAAUGGUUCUCGAUACUAAGGCACGAGAGUUCAUUCUUGAACAGCAUCAAUGAUGGAGACGACGUGGCGUACUGCGACAACGAGCACACGUGCGCCGAGGUGGCGGUGGCGCAGGGACACAAGUGGGACGUCUCCAACAACCUGCAUCUGCUGCGCGACCCCAGCCUCUUCACGCUCAACAGCAUGGUGACCAGCGUGCAGGUGCCCCCGCCCAGCGUGUGCGCCGACAGCAGCCUCACCAUGUCCGGCCUGCACCCAGACGUGAUGGAAGCCAGCCUGGCCGGGGACGCGGCGAUGGAUGAAGACGAGAACAAAGAACAGGAGAACGACUUAGAGAAGGAGCUCCAAGCGGACAGGCUGAAGCUUGACGCGGCGGCCCAGCGCGCCAAGGCGAGCAGCCUCACCAGCCUCGGCCUGCUCAACUUCAACGCGCUGUCCACCUACGUCACGUGCGACAGCCCGCCGCCCAUACAGAUGUCGCCCGACGAGCUCGAGCAGCUCGACUACUGCAAGAUAUACGGACUGCCCAAGAAGAUCAGCGGGAACUUCGUGACCAGGGACCUCAGGCACGGCUGGUGGCGGAUCACGGAUUCCGAGCAGCUGAGGGCGCUGAUGGAGGCUCUCCAUCCGCGAGGAGUUCGAGAACGGGAGCUGCACGCGUCCUUCGUCAACCACCUACCGACCGCCAACAACAAGCUGCACAUAGACCUGGGCGAUGUCCCGGUCGAUUUGGACCCGGGUAACCUAGACCCGGGUAGCGAGGACCCGGGUGAGCACUCCGCCGGGUACCCGCCACCCGACUCGCCCUCGUCGUACUGCGCGCUCACCGCGAGACGGGUCGAUCUGAAUCUAUUGCAAAUGGUAGAGCAGCUGGAGGAGCGCGUGGCGGCGGCGUCGCUGCAGACCAAGGGCUGGCGGCCGUCGCGCGGGGCGGCGGGGGCGGCGGCGGGGGGGUUGGGGGGCGCGGAGCUGGUGGCGCGCGCGCGGCUCAAGCUGGCGGCCGUGGAGGCGCACAUUGAGAGGAGAUACCUCAAACCGCCUUUGGUACAAAGGUAUGCUAGCACAGCGGAAGCGAACCUGGGAGCGAUGUUGUCAGGCGAGCACGGCAACACGUCCGCGCCGUCGCCGCAGAACUCUGACGGCGGGAACGAGUCUAAAGACAACAAGGGCAUAGCCCGCGGGCUGGCCACGUGGAGGGACGCCGUGGCGCGCUGCAGCACGUCAGCGCAGCUCGCCAUGCUGCUGCACGCGCUGGAGACCGCCGUCGCCUGGGACAAGAGCGUCAUGAAAGCCAACUGUCAGUUUUGUCUGAACGGCGACAAUGAGGAUCAGCUGCUGCUCUGUGACGCGUGCGACAAGGGCUACCACACCUACUGCUUCAAGCCGCGGAUGGACAAGAUACCCGAGGGAGACUGGUACUGCUGGGAGUGCGUGAACAAGGCGCGCGGGGAGCGCGUGUGCAUCGUGUGCGGCGGCGCCAGCCCGGGCCGCGUCAUCCCGUGCGCGCUGUGCGUGCGGGCCUACCACCAGGACUGCCACUACCCGCCACUCGCCAAGAACCCGCGCGGCAAGUGGUACUGCAACAACUGCAUAUCGCGCGCGCCGCCCAAGAAGCCGCGCAACGCGAAGAAACGAGACAACAAGCACAAAGACAAGGACAAGGACAGCAGCCUCGAACUCGACCACAGCAUGGCGCCCAGCCCGGCGCCUUCCCACGCGUCCUCCUCCACCGCGGCCGAGGAGGGCGCAGCCCCGGACGCCGCCGACCUGCCGCGGGACUGCACGCACGCUUGCAUUACUGCGCCUGCAGCAGAUCUACCUGAAGACGGUCCGCCGCCAGAGAAGAGGAGAUCUCUCCAGUACGUCGGCGGCAACGGCGCGGUCCACGACGACGACCAGAGCAUCGACAGCGAAGACAGAGACACUGAAAACGUUCCGGCGCCUCCCCGAGCCAAGAAAGAGAAGAAUUCGGCCAAGAAACUCUUAAAGGAACUACAGUUUUGCAAGAACCUGCUCUGCGAGAUGGAGUGCCACGAGCACGCGUGGCCGUUCCUGCUGCCGGUCAACAACAAGCAGUUCCCGCAGUACAAGAAGGUCAUCAAGUGCCCCAUGGACCUGUCCACCAUCAAGAAGAAGUUGCAGGACAGCUCGUACAAGUGCAAGGAGGAGUUCGCCUCUGACGUCCGCCUCAUCUUCAGCAACUGCGAGGUAUUCAACGAGGACUACAGCCCGGUGGGGCGCGCCGGACACAACAUGAGACAGUUCUUCGAGGAGAAGUGGACCCAAAGCUAAAACCUCACCGGAGAACGCUGACCUCAAACGCGGACGCGUUGUCGACUGGCGCAGGCGUGCUUAGUCGCGCAGACGGGUGCACUAACUCGCCGCCCACCCGCUGUUAAGUGGCCACCGAUAUCAGAUCAGACUUACUGGUGGUAGGACCUCAUGUGAGUCCGCGCGGGUAGGUACCACCGCCCCGCCUGCCGUGAAGCAGUAAUCCGUUUCGGUUUGAAGGGCGGUGCAGCCGUUGUAACUAUACUGAAACCUUAGAAAUUAUAUCUUAAGGUGGGUGGCGCAUUUACGUUGUAGAUGUCUAUGGGCUCCAUUAACCAUUUAACACCAGGUGGGCUGUGAGUGAGAAAUAUGAGUUCUUCAAGAGCUACUACUAUACGGUUGCUUCGUGGCAAAUAUGGGCGGGAUGACGGUACCGACCUGUGCGACCCUUGAAACCAGUGCUUUUUAAAGGGAGAGUUAACUAGGAAAGUUUUAUUGGUAUUUUGAAAGCCGCAGCCACAGUAGACGGGUGAACAUCGAAGAUGUCCUAAAAUAAUUGUAUUUCUGUCGCUUUCACUCGCUUUUGUAAUACGAUUAGCGAGAAAGAGACAGUUCUUGUCUGUAGAUACGAAAUUACAUUAACGCAUUAGAAGCGUUAUUUAGUAUUCCUACGUCCUAAUGUGUAUAUCGAUGUGAAAACGAAAAUAAAUAUAUUCAAUUGUCGACAAAUUACAAUUAUACCGAAACAAUAUUAAUAAAAUCUUAUAUUGUUUUGUAAAAAAAAUAAAAAACAAAAAUAAAAAAAUAUCUAUGUGUACAAUUAGUUGAAAAGUCACGACAUGACAUAGUGAUGGGAACGUUCAUUUUCAUUGAGACGGUUUAAUAGUAAAUCUCAUUUUAUAAUUAUUCAAGAAUAAAAUCCAUAUUGUUUCUCUUAAUAAUACAUUAUACACACUUAACAAUGACAAUAAAAUUAAGAUCUCUUAUUUGUUUCGCUCAGUCCAUUCCGCAUCAGAUUAUAUCCGCCGUGACGGUAUAUAGACAUUCCAUAGCACAUGUUUUUUCAUUUAAAAAAAAAAAAACCAUAGAUUAAACAUGUGAAACCUCCGUUUUUUUUUUCUAAAAUUGAAAGUCAAUAGAUUUCGCAUAGAAUAGUCCUGAAUUUGCAUAAUUUGGUUCACAGAUGACAAUGAGAAUCUCAUGUAUAAUAUUUUUCAUGGUACAUGUUUCGAACGCACAUAGACGAAUACGGCGCUUGUAACUAACCGACUGUAAAUAUUAAAUAAAUAAUAUGUAAGUCUUAAAAAAAAGUAUUAGACCGAGAUCUAUUUUAUAAGUAUAUAGGAAACUGAUUAAUAGAAUUAUCCUUUGACAUUUCGAAUAUUAAUAUUAUUUUAUUAUUAUUAUAAAAAAAAAUUAAAUAAUAAUUUCGCUUAGAGCAACGAAACAGUAUUUUUGUUGGGGCGAUCGAUCGACGCACGAAAAUUACUUAAAUAAAUAAAUCGAGUUUUUUUUUUUUUUAUUAUUUUUGUUGGCCAGUUUAUUCCCGUAGAGUCGAUUUUGUAAAAAUUUAAAAAAACCUGUAUAAAUAAAAAUUAUUGUGUAAUUGGAUUUUUUUUUUGUGUAUUAGCAAUUAUAAUGUUAGUAACUAGUAAGAGUUUAAGUGUAGUUUAGGGCCUAAUCGGGACGGAGGUGUGUUUACAAGGGCCUUAGUUUCUCAAAGAAUACUUUGGCGCGGUAGGUUCGCUGAACUGCCUGCUCUAUAGUGUAACCCUUCGGGGUGGUAAAUGUGUUUCUUAAAACUAAAAAAUCAAUGAAACCGGAUAUUUGGGUUUUGGGAUUACGAAUGAAAUGUAACAAAUUCACUCUUCGAAGCUAACUUAUAAUAGUAAUUGGAUUCUCAAACUGUCACUUACUAUAAUUAAUUCUUUUAAUGAAAUUUAUUUUAUAAUAUAAUUUUCGUUUAUUAUUUUUUCAAUGGCUUAUGUAUGUUUCUUCAUUUAUUAAUUUCACUAAAUAAUUGUGUCUCUCUUUCCGUUUUAAUGCAAACACAUUCCACGUAAUUAUUAUUUUUUUUAUAUCUGGAACAUGAUUUUUCGAAAGCUUAUUUGGUGACUUUAAUGAUUGAUGAGAAACACAGCAAUAUUAUGAACAAUUUUAAGCUUAGUCCAUUUAUUUAUAUUCCAUUACCAAUUAUUUAUUGCAUUCUUAAUUAAUUUUGUUAUUGGCAAAUAAAGAAUAGGGUACUUAUAAUUCGCAAUUUUUUCCUCAUAAUUUAUUUAUUUUCAAUUGAUUAGUUGUUCUAUAAAUAACUCAAGUGUUUGAAUGCAGAUUGUACGAAUAGGAUUUGAUUUUUUAUUUCAAAUGUAUUUCGUUUAUAAUUUAAAAACUUUAAAAUGAUUCUAUUUUUUUAACUUCCGCUUCCAAUGCUGCCAAGAAACUUAACGAUUUCCUUAAAUCAUAAUUAUUAUUAUUUUUUGUAUUUUUUAUUUUCUUAGUCAAUUCAUCGUGAACAGUGAGUUUGCGAGACGCGAGUGUAACGUUAAUGUGUGCGAUUCAUUUUUAAUUAUAAAUAAAAAUAUAUAAACUAUAUAUAUGAAUAAAAUACAUAAUUUUUGAAACACUC